UCUCUAGAGUUCCAUUCCAAUAACUUUGUCCCUUUUCAAUCACUUUGUCCCUUUUCAUACAUUCACAUAUUCAUUUUGCCACACCUUAAAACCAAGCACCCGGCCAUAUUUCAAUUUUUGUUUUGGUUAGUUGUCAUGAAGAGAGAAAGAGAGGUUGAUAGCUUAACCAUGGCGAAUUGUUUGAUGUUGCUUUCUCGUGGAAGUGAAUUUGAGGCCACCUACUCAAGCACUUCUAUGAGCAAUCGUGUCUUUGAGUGCAAGACAUGUAAUAGGCAAUUCCCUUCAUUUCAAGCACUUGGUGGCCACAGGGCUAGCCACAAAAAGCCUAGGUUGAUGGCAGGAGAUAUCGAAGGCCAAUUGCUUCAUGAUUCACCCCCAAAGCCUAAGACUCAUGAGUGUUCCAUUUGUGGGUUGGAGUUUGCUAUAGGGCAAGCCUUGGGAGGUCACAUGAGGAGGCACAGAGCGGCGAAUUUGAAUGGAAACGUGCACAAUUCUACGGCUACGAGUAGUAGUAGUGGGGGUAGCAGUUUUGAUUCAUCGCCAAAGAAGAAAGCUGACAACAAGAGAGUUUUGGUUUUGGAUUUGAAUCUGACACCCUUUGAGAAUGAUUUGGAGUUUUUGAAGAUUGGAAAACCAACCACUUUUGUUGAUUAUUUGUAUUGAUUGAUCUGUUGAGUGUACUGUUAAUUAAACUUAGGAAGGUAUAGUUUGUGUAUCAUAGAUAGGUGAAUGCUUUGUUUUUUUAAUCUACCGUCUAUAUUUGUUUAUCAUACUGUAUGAAAAAUUGCUCAUUUCUUGGGCAAAAUUAGAACUUCAUCAUGAUAUUCUGAGUCA